CAGCCUCGCGAGGGCAAGGCGGGCUGGCGAUGGAGAAGACUAAGCGCGCAGGCGGCUCCCAGACAGGUGGGCUGAGGCUGGGCGCUCUACGCGGGGCUCUGCCGGUGGGCUGGCCCUGUAUCGCUUCUCCGUUGGGUGCCUAGACGGCGGGGAGCCUGCAGAUCCAUUUCCCUGGCAGCAGUCCGGAUCCUGGACGCGCGGGUCGUCGCCGGGACAGGCGGGCGCUGCGUUCUUUCCUUUGGGGAAGUCUUGAAGAUGAAUUCUACGUAAACUGCUAGUGAUACUGAAGAAGCAAGGAAUUGCUGGAUCAGAUAAAUUGCAAUGGAGAAGUCCACUGAAGAGACAUCAGAGCUAUCAUUAUUGUCCAGCGGCUUAUUGGACUUCAAGCCUGCCCAUCUCAGCCAUAGUGUGUGGUGUUUCAAAUAGGAAAAAAAUAUGUCAAAUUAUAUUAGGCUUAUGUUGCUUCUUAGGUACCUGAUUUGAAAUUUGCAACGUAAUUCCUUUUAUAUAAAGGAGGAACGAUGACUUUUUAUAGUUUCUGUUUGAUCCUCUUUGCACUUACUUGGAGUAGCUCUGCCUAUGGACCAAAUCAAAGGGCACAGAAGAAAGGAGACAUUAUUCUUGGAGGAUUGUUUCCCAUUCAUUUUGGAGUGGCUGCUAAACACCAGGAUCUGAAAUCUAGGCCAGAAUCAGUAGAAUGCAUAAGAUAUAAUUUCCGGGGUUUUCGCUGGUUACAGGCAAUGAUAUUUGCCAUUGAAGAGAUUAAUAACAGCCCAACUCUUCUUCCCAAUAUGACUCUUGGAUACAGCAGUUUUGACACCUGCAACACAGUGUCUAAAGCUCUGGAAGCCACAUUGAGUUUUGUAGCCCAAAACAAGAUUGAUUCUCUGAAUCUGGAUGAGUUUUGCAAUUGUUCGGAUCAUAUCCCCUCAACAAUUGCAGUGGUGGGAGCAACGGGCUCUGGGAUUUCCACUGCAGUUGCCAAUCUUCUGGGUCUCUUUUAUAUACCUCAGGUUAGCUAUGCUUCAUCCAGUCGGCUCUUGAGCAACAGGAACGAGUACAAAUCUUUCCUGCGCACUAUACCUAAUGAUGAGCACCAGGCUACUGCUAUGGCUGACAUUGUAGAGUAUUUCCGCUGGAAUUGGGUGGGUACCAUUGCAGCAGAUGACAAUUAUGGCCGGCCAGGUAUUGAAAAGUUCAGGGAAGAAACAGAGGAGAGAAACAUCUGCAUUGACUUCAGUGAGCUCAUUGCCCAGUACUUGCCUGAGGAUCAGAUCCAACAGGUGGUGAAAGUCAUCCAGAAUUCCACUGCCAAAGUGAUCGUUGUAUUCUCCAGUGCUCCCGACCUAGAACCAUUGAUCAAAGAGAUUGUCACCCGGAACAUCACUGGCAGGAUUUGGCUGGCAAGUGAAGCCUGGGCCAGCUCAUCAUUGAUAGCAAUGCCACAAUUCUUUCAUGUCAUGGGGGGCACCAUUGGAUUUGCUCUUAAGGCAGGACAAAUCCCUGGCUUUCGUGACUUUCUGCAGAAGGUAAACCCUAAGAAGUCUGCUAAUAAUGGAUUUAUUAAAGAGUUUUGGGAGGAGACGUUUAAUUGCUACUUACCAGAAGGAAACAAAAAUUUCCCAGGUUUCUUCCACAAAGGCUAUGAAGAAGGCCCUAGAGCUGGAAAUGGUACAGCUUCAUUCCGUCCCCCAUGUACAGGGCGUGAGAACAUCACUAGUGUGGAAACACCGUACAUGGAUUAUACCCACCUGCGGAUAUCUUACAAUGUGUACUUGGCAGUAUAUUCCAUUGCUCAUGCUUUGCAGGAUAUAUACACUUGCACUCCUGGGAAAGGGCUAUUUGCCAAUGGUUCAUGUGCAGAUAUCAAGAAAGUUGAGGCAUGGCAGGUACCAUUUUCAAACUGCAGCAGAGACUGCCUUCCAGGUACAAGGAAAGGUAUCAUUGAGGGGGAGCCCACCUGCUGCUUUGAAUGUGUUGAAUGCACAGAUGGAGAGAUCAGUGAUGAAACAGAUGCCAGCGCUUGUGAGAAAUGUGCUGAAAACUUCUGGUCCAAUGAAAACCAUACCUUCUGCAUUCCCAAACAAAUAGAAUUUUUGUCCUGGACAGAACCAUUUGGAAUUGCUCUCACGCUUUUUGCUGUACUAGGUGUCUUCUUAACUUCAUUUGUCCUGGGAGUCUUUACCAGAUUUCGCAACACGCCCAUUGUCAAGGCCACAAACCGUGAGCUCUCUUAUCUCCUCCUGUUUUCCUUGCUCUGUUGCUUUUCCAGCUCCCUUUUCUUCAUUGGUGAGCCUCAAGAUUGGAAUUGCCGCUUACGACAACCAGCCUUUGGUAUCAGCUUUGUACUCUGCAUCUCCUGCAUUCUGGUGAAGACCAAUCGUGUCCUUCUGGUCUUUGAGGCUAAGAUACCAACAAGCCUCCAUCGCAAGUGGUGGGGACUUAACCUUCAAUUCCUCUUGGUCUUCUUAUGCACAUUUGUGCAAAUUGUCAUCUGCGUCAUCUGGCUUUAUACAGCUCCCCCUUCUAGUUUCCGUAAUCAUGAAAUGGAGGAUGAAAUCAUCUUUAUCACUUGUAAUGAGGGCUCUUUGAUGGCACUGGGCUUCCUAAUUGGUUAUACUUGUCUUCUGGCUGCUAUCUGCUUCUUCUUUGCUUUCAAAUCCCGCAAACUGCCAGAGAACUUCAACGAAGCCAAAUUCAUCACCUUCAGUAUGUUGAUUUUUUUCAUUGUUUGGAUCUCUUUUAUACCAGCCUAUGCCAGCACCUAUGGCAAAUUUGUCUCAGCAGUGGAGGUAAUUGCCAUUCUGGCAGCCAGCUUUGGGCUUUUAGCAUGCAUCUUCUUCAACAAGGUCUACAUUAUCCUCUUUAAGCCCUCCCGCAACACCAUUGAGGAAGUACGCUGCAGCACGGCUGCUCAUGCUUUCAAAGUGGCAGCCAGAGCUACACUGAGACGCAGCAAUGUGUCCCGCAAGAGGUCCAAUAGUCUGGGGGGCUCCUCAGGCUCUACCCCAUCCUCAUCCAUUAGCAGCAAAAGCAACCACGAGGAGCCCUUUUCGAUACCAACAUCUGUAGAACCACAGCAAAAACAUGGGUGCAAGCAGAAGGUAAGUUUUGGUGGUGGAACUGUCACCUUGUCACUAAGCUUUGAGGAGCAUCAGAAAAAUGCUAUAGCCAAUAAAAAUGCAAAGCACAGAAACUCCUUGGAAGCCCGCAAUAGUGAUGAUAGUCUCAUGCGACACAAAGCCCUACUUCCUCUGCAUGGCAAUGAAUCACUGGAGCCCAAAUUCCAGAUUCCCUCAAAUCAAGAAUCCAGCAUCCCAGAAUCAGUAGUGGGAGAAACCAAGCAAGGAGAACAUGUAGAAGGGCCACCUUCUUUGUCAGCUGCAUACCUGCGGGAUUUAGUAGGCAGUGGCUCCAUCAAAGAGAAUGCCAUCCAUUCAUAAUCAAAGGAAAAGAACCGAUUAUUGAGCAAUUUUCUUCUGGAUGGAGAGAAGAAUUGAACACAUCUCUAAUUCCUCUGUUAGACUCAGCAAGUUAUAUCCACUUUCAAAGGAAAGCUGAAACAGUUCCUUAGCAUGUCUUUAGCUAUCCUUUUAGUGCAACCGCCUAUGGUUGUGGAAGAUGCAAGAAAGAAAACUUUGGAGGGACAAGAAAGUAUCUUUCCCAGCUGUCCUAUAGACGAACUUUUUUUCUUAUUCUCCUUUCUACCACUGCAGAGGUCCAAGUCACCAACUUACGAGCGUGUCAAAGGUUCCAUUAACAUGCUCUGCUUUUACAUCAAUGUACAUUAUCCCUUUUCUUCCAUGUAUAUAUUAUUUCCCCUUUAUAUGUAAAACUGCUUAGCAACUUUACAACAAGAUGAAACUUACUGCUUUACAUAAAACAAGUCACACGGUUUGCUUUAGAAAUAUUCUCCAGUACCCAUGGAAGCAUGUUAAAUAAUGUUCAGCCAGUAGCUUGAACUUGUAAAGUAUUUAAAAUUAUAAACAGUGAUAUUUUAACACAUAAAGCCAUAGCAGAUGCUUCAUAUCUAAAAAGUAGAAUUCUGUGGUCCUCAGAGACAUCACCCUGUUAUCCAGUGCUAUUGUCCUGGAGACUGACGUAGAAAAUCCAAAUUUAAUUCACCUUGAAGGCAGAGUAAGGGAAGAGAAGCCGUAUUCCUAGGGCAGUUUCUCAACCUUGGCAAUUUUAAGAUGUUCAGCCUUCAACUUCUAGAAUUCCCCAGCCAACUGAAGUUCACAUAUCUUAAAAUUGCCAAGAUUGAGAAACAUUGUCAUAGAGAAAGUACAGAAAUACAGAGAGUGAAAAUGUGUCCUUUUUUUCUUGUCAGCCUUGGAUGGUAUCUCUACCCUUAGCAGGCCUUUUGUGCAUCAAAAGAGCUUCAAAUGGAGAAGAGCAGAUCUAAGAAGUUGUGUCCCCCACAAAUUAGGAAAAAAUAUAUCCAAAAGUUUAGGAAAUAAGAGCAUAGCACACAGCAGCACAACAAGGACAAUUGUUGAGAUAACCAGAUUCUGUUAUGAACCAGGGUAUAGAACCAGAACCAGAUUCAAUUAUGAAGUAAGCUAGUUCAAUAUAAUAUAGUUAUGUUUUCAAAAUGUAUCAAUUGAAUCAUACUUCAAUAGAAAAAAUAUGCAGUUAGUUUAACCUUGUUCUGUGACUUUAGAAAUUUUUUUAAUGGGCAAAUAAAUGGCAGGUAUAGUUAAAUGUUAGGUUUUGCCACAUGUGGAAUGAAUGUCAGAGAUUGGUCACUCUAAUGUCUGCAAUUCCUGUACUUUAAAAUGUGUUUUACAGACCGAAGUUGCCAGGCUGAGUUCCAUAAGCUCCUAUUCAUACAGAAAGAACUGAGCAAGAAGCCAGAAGUAAAAUUAAGUCUGAUUGUAAUGAGUUCUGAUUGAAUCUUCCGCUGGACCUGUAUUUGCAUAGCAUAAGAGGGGGGCCUCUUUUUCUAAAAGUUCUACAGAUUAAUCACUUCACAUUUUCCCACAUACUGGAAAUAUUUCUAUGUAUCCAUAUAAAUGAUGCAAAAUUGUGUGUACAUUGACAAAUGCAAUGGAAAACUCCCAUUUGAGCUAUGAGAGCAUAUUGAAGAGUGGCUGGGUUAGUGCAGUAUGCUAAAGUAGGCAUGCACCAAGAUCUGGGCUGCAGGUGCAAGGACUGCUGGUAGCUGGCAUCAGAUUCAGAGAACUAACUUCUUCAAGGAGCAUCUGGAUGUUUGACGUCAGGUGUAGUAUGUCUAUGCUAAGCCCAAGUCAAUUGCAUUUUAGCUUAGUAUGAUGUGCAAAUUCUGCCCAAUUGCACUAUAUUUAAUUAACCCCAAUGAAUCAAGUCAUGGGUCAAUGCAAUAUGCAGCCUUCUUAACCUGAUUAUCGUAGAUUGCAAGCAGUUGCUGAAGUGAAUCAAUUGUUUGAGGGGGAAAUGUAGAUACUUCUCUGUUUUUAAUGCCUUUUUAUGGAGUAUACUCUAGUGCUUUGGAAUUAACUAUUUAUUCAGGGGUGAAUGGGAGGUAAUUUAGGAUCUACUGAACGGUGGUGGGUGAUUUGUAGUAGAUUGGCAGGGAUUUCUGGCUUCCAUUCAUUGAACAAGAUUCACCAGAGAAUGACUGCUCCUUCCCCAAAAAUGAGAGAGCUAAAGUGAAACCACUUGGACAAACCAUGAAACGAUUUUUGCAUAGACUAUAGAUGAGCUCUCUCUCAGUUAUGGUACUCCAAACAAAUUUCUGUGCUUGCUCAGCAGCUGCUUAGAUGUCCCAUGUUUGUGUGUAUAUACACAUGCACAACAAGAAGAAAAACAUUAACCAGAUGCAAAAAUUAAAAGGAAAUAGGGGAAAAAACCAAACACAUACAAACCAGAAAGGCAUAUUAGACUAAAUGUACAGUAUAACAAAAAAGCCCAAUCCUUAAACAGCAAAACAACCUUGACCUAUUAUUAUUUAUUGGACUUUCCACACAUAAGUAGAAGACCUGUUCAUAUGUAGAAGGAAAACAUAUAACUAUAUCCAAAGUUUUAUUACUUUAUCCAGGACUAUUAUUAAUACUAUGGCUUCUGUUUGGGAAUAACAAGAAACUAAUAAGUAUACAUUUGGAUUUAAGUCACUACUUAACUUACAUCUGACAUAGUUAUUUGAGACAGAUGGUCCAUCAGGAACUAAUGUUUUAAUACCUUUGUACAAAGAUAUUACCUUGGAUGUAAAAGGUAGAUAUAUUUCUCUGUGAUUGCUUCAAUGACAAUAAGAAAUUUGUAGUGGCUCUCCAGUAAGAAUGCUGGUGAAUAGAAGAAACUUAACAUGGACCUGAUUAACUCCCAAAAUCUUAUCAUCCUGCAUACUAGUGGUGGGAUUCAGCCAGUUCGCACCUAUUCAGGAGAACCAGUUGGUAACUUUCUAAGUAGUUCGGAGAAC